AAAUUGGAAUUUAUAUUUGUUAAGCAACUGUAGUAAGAAGCAUACAAGAAAAGCCAAAAACAAUUUGAUUUCACUGUGAUUUUCUUGGAUUUUGGGACAUAAAUAUAAUUUUGUGAAUGCAGAAAGCCGAAUGCGCAUCGAAUUUGCGUCAAACACAUACAUACAUACACACAUACACGCAGAGCCCCAGCCACCUACAAUUGAUACAUAAAUACACGUGAAUUGCGAAUGCAUACGGAAAAGAUACAAAUAGAAAAAAAUCUAACAGAGGAAAAAAUUUUUUAGUGAAGUGAAGUGAAGGGGCUGGCUAAAUUAGUAGUGGUGACCUGUGCACCUAUACCAUUCUUAUUGUUGCUUUCUACUCGUGCGUGUGUUUGUGUGUGUUACCCUCCCCCCUAUUGCAGGCGCUAGAGUGAAGAGCAUAGCAGUAUCUCUCGCAAUGGGUAAACAAAAAAUCUAUUGUGCGAAAUGCACAAAAAAGUGCUCUGGAGAGGUUCUGCGUGUGGCUGACAAUCAUUUCCACAAGGCGUGCUUCCAAUGCUGUCAGUGUAAAAAGUCCUUAGCCACCGGCGGCUUCUUCACCAAGGAUGGCUCCUACUAUUGUAUACCGGACUACCAACGGCUAUAUGGCACCAAAUGUGCCACCUGCCAGCUGUAUGUGGAGGGCGAGGUGGUCAGUACCAUGGGCAAGACGUACCACCAGAAGUGCUUCACUUGCUCCAAGUGCACCCAACCAUUCAAGUCCGGCAGCAAGGUGACCAACACCGGCAAGGAGGUGCUCUGCGAGCAGUGCGUGACGGGUGGUGCGCCUGCCUCGCCGGUGCGUAAUGCAGGCGUACAAUCGCCUGCACCGCCGGCAGAAAGUCCUACACGUGCCACCGCGCAGCAGACAACUAGCGGCAUUUUGUCCCAUAAGGCGCAUCUGAAGGAGGACUAUGAUCCCAAUGAUUGUGCCGGUUGCGGGGAGCUGUUGAAGGAGGGCCAGGCUCUAGUGGCCCUGGAUAGGCAAUGGCAUGUAUGGUGUUUCUGCUGCAAGUCCUGCAAUGCAGUUCUAAAUGGCGAGUAUAUGGGUAAGGAUGCGGUUCCCUACUGCGAGAAGUGCUACCAGAAGAGCUUUGGCGUCAAGUGCGCCUACUGCAAUCGGUUCAUCAGUGGCAAGGUGCUCCAAGCUGGCGACAACCACCACUUCCAUCCAACCUGUGCCCGCUGCACCAAGUGUGGCGAUCCUUUCGGCGAUGGCGAGGAAAUGUACCUGCAGGGCAGUGCCAUUUGGCAUCCACGCUGUGGUCCCGGCCCCUCCGAGUCCGGCAUUAUACUCAACGGUGCUGGUGGUGGCGUUGUCGGUGGUAGGCCAGGCACCACCUCGGUCACAGGCGGCGUCUCCAAUGGCAACUUUACAGACACCGAAUGCGAUCGCAUGAGCUCGAGCGCGCUCAGCGACAUGUACAUCCGUUCCAGAACACCGAGUUUUAAUGGUUCACUUUAUUCCUCUAGCCGCAAGCACUAUCGCACUGUCAGUCCGGGGCUGAUUCUGCGCGAGUAUGGUCGACCGAUCGGAGAGGAUAUAUCGCGCAUCUACACCUAUAGCUAUCUGACCGAUGCGCCCCACUAUUUGCGCAAGCCAAUCGAUCCUUAUGACAAAACACCGCUGUCGCCUCAUUUCCAUAGACCCACCUCCUAUGCGACGACCAGCAACGCCGGGUCCGUGGCCGGCAGUCGUCCACCAUCGCGUCCACAUUCGCGAACGCGCAGCGCCAUGAAGGUCCUAGUGGAUGCCAUACGGUCAGAGACGCCACGCCCUAAAAGUCCCGGUAUGAACAACGAGGAGCCCAUUGAGCUGUCGCAUUACCCAGCUGCCAAGAAGCCACCACCGGGCGAACAGCCCAAAAUAGAAAGAGACGAUUUCCCAGCUCCUCCAUACCCCUAUACGGAUCCGGAGCGCAGGCGACGCUACAGUGACACCUACAAGGGUGUACCCGUCUCCGAUGACGACGACGAGGAGAACGAGAAUGGCAAGCGUACCAAUGGAAAGGUCAAGAAUGACGAGGAGCAAACUCGCCUGCAACGAGAGGCUGAGCAGUUGGAGAAGCUCAAAUCUGGCAUAGGCUCGGCUAUUGCCAAGGACCUGAAGGAGCAUGCCAAGUACAGGAAAUGGAAGCAAAAUAACCUGGAUCCGCGCAAUGCGUCGCGAACUCCUUCAGCCUCGAAGGAACCGCUGUACAAGUUGAGAUACGAAUCGCCCAUUGGCGCCUCGCCGUCACGCAAUCUGGAUCAUCAAAAGCCCUUUUGUGAGGACGAGAUGUUCGAUCGAUCCACUAGCUAUCGUGGCUCACUGGGAAAAUCGUUGGGCAAUGCGCCCAGCUACAAUGUGGUGAGCGCGCUGCGUCACGUACCGAAACCCGGAUACGGAUUGGCUCCACGCUCUCACACAUUCAGCUCAACAACAUCUGCCGCAGCCACGAUGCAUGGUGCCACUGACUUUUCCUAUGGAGGCCUGGGAGACAAAACUCACAGCACAGACCUGAGCUGCGGCAAAUCAGAGGCAUCGGUGGACUCAAUCACGGAGGGCGACAGGCGCGCUCUUAUGGGCGGCGAUUUGCCAGCUUCGAGCACCUACUCGGGCGCCUUGUCCUACCACUACCCGCAAGCGGGGCUCAUACGACGCAGCCUCCCCAAUAUGGCGCACUCGAUGCUCGUGCACGAGCCAGCUAAGAUCUAUCCGUAUCACAUAUUGCUUAUAACGAAUUAUCGUCUGCCAUCGGACGUAGAUCGCUGCAACCUGGAGCGUCAUUUGUCGGACAUCGAAUUCGAGCAUAUUUUGCAGUGCACACGAUCGGAGUUCUAUAGGUUGCCGCAGUGGAGGCGCAAUGAACUGAAACGACGCGUGAAGCUCUUCUAAAUAGCUGGCUGCAUCCUCGAGAGCAGCUGCUUGUGACGAAACCAAAACAAUUACCUAAAUAUUUUGAGUGGUUCUUAACUACAUAUUAAAAGAGGCCCCCAAACCGUAAACAACAGAAAAACUAUGCUAAUUUCACAGCCAGUUUUCGAAACACGCUUUAAACAAAUAGUUGA